AUGGAGAUGGUGGAUCAUUCUUCGUCCAGUAGCAGCAGCAGCAGCCAGAUUCUUUCGAUUCCCGUUGAUUUGGUAAUGGAUAUUCUAAAGAGGUUAUCAGUCAGAGAUGUUCUUCGGUCCAGACCCGUCUGUAAGGAAUGGAAUUCUCUAUUAAGAACUCCUAAGUUUAUUUCUCUUCACUAUAACCGUUCCUUACAGAUGAGACAAGAAAACCCCGCGUCCUUCGUUUACCUUCGAACAAUUCCAUCUAGGCCUCCCUUUCAAGGUAGACCUCGUCGUACGUUUGAUGCUAGGCCCAGGUGGGAGAGCAUCACAUUGACCUUUUUUAGCUUGGAGAAAACAACCACCAAACUAGUAGCAAAAGUGGACAAAGAAGAAGAUAUUUUGGCCAUGUUAUCAUCAUUAUUGUUUCCAUCCUGCUCCUGCUCCUGCCCAACACUGUCAGAUAUGUAUAUCGAAAUGGUGUGUCCUCUUGAUGGUUUGGUAUGUUUUCUAUGUGGAUGUACAAAGCAUAUCAUUAUGUACAAUCCAGCCACCAGAGAAUCUCAAGUGUUACCUUCUCAUCCUAAUUUUUUUGUGGGGCGUACUUUGGGUGCUUGGUUCGAAUCCAACAUGGAACAACAAUACAAAGUUUUUCGCCUAAUUACUGAUGAUGAUGACCACUGGUACAAGAUCACUAUAUAUGAUUCUACUCUUAAUAGUUGGAGAGUAAGUAGAAUCAUGUUUGGACAAGUAAUUUCUGAAUACGUCUUGUUAUUGAAUGGAGUUUUACACUUUCAAAUAUCUGAUGGUACUGGUAAGGAAAUGAUUGUCACAUUUGAUGCAAGAUUGGAAACGUUUGGACACUUUGAAUUCCCAUCAUCUCAUAACAUGGGUAUCAACUUCAUCUUGUUGAACUUUAAUGGGAAUCUUGCCUACAUGAAUUCAUAUUUUAAAAUGGAAGCUAAUUAUUACGAUGAUUUAUGGGUGAUGACUGAAUAUGGGGUAGAGCAAUCUUGGACAAAGAAAACUCUUGGUCCUUUUGAUUUUUCUGGUUAUUGUAUGAAAAAUGGUUUUGGUACGCCAUUAGCGUUUUGGAAAAACAAAAAUGAACAGGACGAGUUGUUGAUUCUAGCACGCAAGUAUACAUUGUCUUUCAACCUCGAUACAAUGGAGAGGACUGAUUUGAAUUUGUCACUCGUUGCUCAUGGUAAUUCAAUUAUUAUACCGUAUAAUGUGGAGACUUUACUUUCUUUAAAAUGA